UACACUACAAGCUCUACCGAGAAACUUCUUUCAGCAUGCACUGGAGCUCUUUUGACAUCACUCCUAGUAACUCCAAUGGACGUCGUGAAACUUCGGCUCCAGACUCAAAAUUAUGACUCAUCGCGGAAGCCUACUGCAUGCUGCAGCCCAUUCUCAUCAAAAAAUGGCCUCAAAAUCUGCAAAUUGACCUCUGGAAUUCAACACUACUCAAAGAUAUUCUCGAAAAAAGGUACCAACCAGGAUGGUUUUCACACUAUUGUAAAGAAUGAGGGGCUGCCAGGAUUAUGGAAGGGUCUGUCACCUGCGUUGCUGAUGUCUGUACCUGCAAAUGUUAUUUACUUUGUCGGGUACGACUAUCUCAAAGUAAUCAUCCAGCCAUAUACUACCACUCAGCAUAGCGACUACUCUCCUCUUGUUGCAGGUGGACUUGCACGUACGGUCGCAGUUGCCUUGAUCUCUCCAAUUGAGUUGUUCAGGACUCGACUCCAGGCUGCCACAGGAGUAAAUGAUUUUAGAAAUGUGCUGUAUGGUGUACAGAGCAUGGUGAAAAAAGAUGGCGUUCGGGCACUUUGGCGAGGUCUUCCUCCAACUCUCUGGAGAGAUGUCCCCUUUUCGGCCAUGUAUUGGAUGACAUAUGAAAAAACAAAACAGGCCUUAAUAGCCUACAACAACAACAACAACAACAACAACAACAACAUAUCCAUCUCAAUAGUCCAAGGUGACCUGUACAUGUCCUUCCUUGCCGGUGCAUUUUCUGGCAUGUGCGCGGCUGCUGUCACAACCCCCUUUGAUGUGGCAAAGACACGCCGUCAGGUUGAUGCCGGAAAAGGUAAUAAGGACACGUAUUCCAUAUUGAGACAAAUAUAUAGCCAAGAUGGCGUCCGAGGGCUAUUUAGAGGACUUACACCUAGAGUUGCAAAAGUCGCACCGUCAUGUGCGAUUAUGAUCAGUAGCUACGAGAUCGGAAAGACAUUUUUU